AUGACGAACCCGUAUGAAGCGGACCCGGAUAAGAUUCCGCCAACCGACUUGUAUUCAGAUGUGCCUUUCUACGGUCGAUACCUACCCAAGCCGGACGACUUCCGCAUUGAUUCCCAACACGCCAAUUCGCAGACUGCAGAGUCACUAGAGUACUGGGCCUCCUUUGUUAGCCUCUGCACCGAGGAGAACCGGAUUUAUCCCGCCGACGAAGGGGGCCGCGAUGUCUUCGCUCUUGGUAGCGUGAUCGUCAAGUCCAGCCAUCUCCACGAUCCGAAGGGUUCCUGUACGGAAAUUGACUAUUCGUACGCGGACGCAAAUGAAGUCCAGGCAAUUGCGCUUGCGAGGACGGUCCUCAACGCUAUCAGUGUCCGAGUACCGGAGAUCUACUUCGCUGGCAAGAUCCACAAUCGCCAGGUUCUGGUUCAAGAGAGACUCCCCGGUGUGAGUCUGUCGGUCGCGCGUCCGUAUCUCUCCCGAGAAGAACGGGAUUCCUUCAAAGAGCAAGCCAGGGCAAUACUCAAGCUGCUGCACACCAUCAAGCCAAGGGAGGGCUUCAGGGCUCGUUCGCAUGUGGUGCCCGACCCCAACAUCCUCAGCAACGGGCGUCUGAAUCCCCGGGAGGCGGAAAUCCUCUUUUCAGGCGCAAGCGACGAUGCAGACAGGAGCUUCAUGCAUAAUGAUUUCACCGAGUCCAACUGCAUCGUCGAUCAGGGCAAGAUUGUUGGGCUUAUCGAUUGGGAAAUGGCGGGCUUCUUUGGCUGGAGGGCUGCUGGGGAGGUUCACCGUUGGAUUCGGACGCCGCAGCGUGAGCAUUUUGUGCAUGCAGGUCUGAGUGAGGAGCAGCUUGAAGAGAGGAUGUACUGGAAUGAUCUCUAUGACUAG